AUGGCUGCUUCGACACUACAAAUUGCUUCUGGAGGCAUAAAAUCGUACUACCAGGCGAAAAAUGAGGCGGCUGAGUUGUUGAUUAACCAGAAGACUCAGAACCUGCGACGGUUAGAGGCUCAAAGAAAUGCACUGAAUGCAAGAGUAAGACUUCUUCGAGAGGAGCUACAGUUGCUUCAUGAACCUGGUAGCUACGUUGGAGAAGUUGUCAAAGUAAUGGGCAAAACCAAGGUUUUAGUUAAAGUGCAACCAGAAGGCAAAUACAAUGUGGAUUCUGACAUAGACGUGAACACACUGAAACCUGCGCUUCGCGUGGCCCUUCGCUCGGACUCUUACACACUUCAUAAAAUCCUACCAAACAAGGUCGAUCCUCUUGUGUCCCUCAUGAUGGUAGAGAAAGUGCCAGAUAGCACCUACGAAAUGGUCGGCGGUCUCGAUAAACAGAUCAAAGAGAUCAAGGAAGUCAUCGAAUUACCCGUCAAGCAUCCAGAACUCUUCGAAGCUCUCGGUAUCGCGCAGCCCAAGGGUGUUCUUCUAUACGGUCCUCCAGGCACUGGCAAAACCUUGUUGGCCCGUGCGGUAGCGCACCACACAGACUGCAAGUUCAUUCGUGUUAGUGGAAGUGAAUUGGUACAAAAGUACAUUGGAGAGGGAAGUCGCAUGGUGCGAGAGUUAUUCGUGAUGGCGAGAGAACACGCGCCUAGUAUCAUCUUUAUGGACGAAAUCGACUCUAUUGGAAGCUCCCGUGGUGACAGUGGAAGUGGAAGUGGUGAUUCUGAGGUUCAGCGUACGAUGCUUGAACUCCUCAACCAGCUUGAUGGUUUCGAACCCACCAAAAACAUCAAGGUCAUCAUGGCCACAAAUCGUAUCGAUAUCCUGGAUUCCGCAUUGCUACGACCCGGUCGUAUUGAUCGUAAGAUCGAGUUCCCCCCGCCAGGUCCCGAAGCUCGUGUCUCUAUUCUCCGUAUCCACUCACGCAAGAUGUCCCUGCAGAGAGGUAUUAAUUUGCGAUCGUUGGCGGAGAAGAUGGGUCAGUGUUCUGGUGCCGAAGUCCGGGGUAUCUGCACAGAGGCGGGUAUGUACGCUCUUCGAGAGCGAAGACAACACGUUACACAGGAAGAUUUCGAAUUUGCUGUGGCCAAGGUUUUGAAGAAAAACCAGGACAGCAAUACUUCAGUCAACAAGCUUUUCUCAUAG